AUGUCAGUUAUGAACAUGACAACGUUUUGUCAUGUACUUACACUUGACCGCCAGGCCUAUGUCCAGACACAGACUGUGCUACUGAAGGCUGAUAUUGGGACUGUGCCACUGGGGGCUGGUAUUGAGACUGUUGCUCUGGGGGUUGAAGCUGGGACUGUGCCACUGACGGCUGGUAUUUGGGUGGCAUAG